UUUUUUUUUUUACAGAAGCACUAUUUAUCUUUAUUGCUGAGAUUUUUUGGCUAUACCUUAAAUUGUGGGACCUUGCCCAAGCCCUUAAGAAGUAAUGAUGCUGUGACACUGAGCUAAAUCCCCAGCCCUCACCCAGGUCUUUUUAUUUUUUAUUUUGAGAUAAGGUCUCAGUAUGUUGCCCAGGCUGGGCUGGAAAUUGCUAUUAUACUGCCUCAGCCUCUCAAGUACCUGGGAUUACAGGUGUGGAACACCGUGCCCAACUAAAAUUUAAUUUUAAAUAAUGAUCACGUGUAACAACCUGCUUACAAAAUUUCUUUCUUUUUCUUUUUGAGACAAGGUCUCACUAUGUAGUUCAAGCUGGCCUUGAACUCACCAUGUAGCCCAGGCUGGCCUCGAACUUGCAGGGAUCCUCCUGCCUCAGCCUCCUGAGUGCUGGGAUUACAGGCAUGUGCCACAAUGCCCAGCACAAAAUAUAGCGACUAGGAAGAGUGAGCGCCCUGUGUCUCAUGUGACUACAGGCCUGUGUUAGGCUGUGAGGGAAAGUGGACACAGAGGUCUCCAGGCUAGGCUACCUCACUUUAAUUUGGAUUCAUCAAAGUUCCAUUGUUUUGCCUUAAUUUAAUUUUAUUCUUGGAUUUUUUUUUCUUUUCUUUUUUAUUUUUGAGACAGGGUCUCUUUCUGUAGUUAGGGCUGGUCUUGGCUCAGUUUUUUUGGUACCGGGGAUCGAACUCAGGACCUUGCGAGGCAGACGGCAGAACCCCUGAGCUAAAUCCUCGGUCCUGUUCGGGCUGGUCUUGAACUCAUCUGUAGCCCAGGCUGCCUCAAGCAAUCCUCCGUCUCCGCCCAGUCAGCCUCGUUAGGCCCCAUCCCAUCCCUACAAAGUUGUCCUGACAACCGCGUCCCCACGCCCCCCAAGCGUGGAGGCGUCUCUCAGUAUUCCUAUUGGUCAAAAGUUUGUAGAGGGAGGCUCUACUUCACAUUCGUUGGUCAGUUGCCCUGGGCGGGGCAAGUGUACGCGUUCCCAUUGGCUGAUUGUUGAGAGGGGCGGGGCUUUUGACAGCGGUUGGACUAGGGCGGCAGACCUCAACUUAGCAGUGAGCAGCCGCGAGUGGGAGGAGACGCCGGCUGUCCCGAGUAUUUGGAGGGUAAAGGGUGUCUGUCCCGCAGGGCGAUGACCACCCCGGCAGGCUCGGGCGCGGGCUUCGGCUGGGUGUCCUGGUGGGGCCUGUCGCCGGCUCUGGACCUGCAGGCGGAGGGUGAGUCCCCAGGGCGUUCUUCUGCCUCAGCUCCCCCGGGCAGCUCUGCAGGGAGGAGGCGGCAGGGGGAGCUAUGGCGCCCCAGCCCCGCCCGCGUGGUCUCGUCAGGCCCUGCUGCGCAAGCGGACGCGGACGCGGACGGGGACGCGGCGCGCGCCACCCCCGAGCUCAACGUGCUGCUGCUGGGCUCCGUGGACGGGCGCCACCUGCUGCGCACCCUGGCCCGGGCGGCUCGCUGGCCGCGCAGGAGGCUCAACUUCUAUCUUCUGGAGCACAACCUGGAGGCUGUGGCCCGACACAUGCUCAUCUUCAGCCUCGCUCUGGAGGACCCCGAGAAGAUGGGGCUGCAAGAGCAGAGCGAGGCCUUCCUGGAGGUGUGGGGGAACGCGCUGCUGCGGGCCCCGGUGGCCGCCUUCGUGCGCGAGCAGGCCUCCCGCCUGGCGCUCCUGGUCCCCGAGCCCGACCGCCUGGAGCGGGAGCUGCCCUGGCUCAGCCUGCGUGCGCUCAAGUUCCGCGAGCGCGAUGAGCUGGAGGCCGUGCUCCGUUUCUGGUCCUGCGAGGAGCGGGGCCCACAGGCCUUCCCCAUGGGCCGCCUGUGGGACGCGCGGGUGCGACACUACCUGGGCUCGCGCUACGACGCGCGGUGCGGGGUCAGCGACUGGGACCUGCGCAUGAAGUUGCACGACCGCGGGGCCCAGGUCAUCCACACCCAGGAAUUCCGCCGCUGGAGGGACACAGGCGUCGCCUUUGAACUCAGAGACUCCAGCGCCUACCACGAGCCCAACCGGACCCUGGCGUCCGGCCGCCUCCUGACCCACUGCGGGGAGCGCGUGGCAGCGCGCGGGUACUGGGGGGACAUCGCUACGGGGCCCUUCGUGGCCUUUGGCAUCGAGGCGGAUGACCAGAGCCUCCUGCAGACCAGGAACGGGCAGCCGACCAAGACUGCGGGAGAGAUCACGCAACACAACGUGAUGGAGGUGCUUCGAGAACUGGCCGCCUGGGGGCGCCCGAGAGACACGCAAGGGGACCGGGAGAAGCAACCCGAGCCGGAAGGCAGCCCGGAGCAGGAGACCUCGGGAGACCUGGCCCCGGCCCCCUUCAAGCUCCACUUCCUGUCGCUUGGAUCCGCGCGCUCGCUGCACCACAAAGGCUGCUACCAGGCCCGCUUCCAGCUUCUCUACGUGGCCUGCGGCAUGGUGCACCUGCUCGGCCCCGAACUCGCGGCCUGCAUGGCCCCCGGCGGGAACCUGCUGGUGGAGUUGGCCCGGUUCCUGGUGGACCUGCGGCCCGAGCAGCUGCAGGCCUUCGCCGCCCGGGUCGGGGAGCUGGCGGGGGCAGCCGGCUUUACCCCGUGCGCUUCGGCCGGGCCCGCGGAGACCUUCGCACGCUUCGCCAAGCAGGGUGCGCGGGGCCCAGACACCCGCCCCAGAGCCCCUUCCGCGGCGCCCCCUGUCGCGGCUGCACCACCCCAGCCCCACGACCUGGCCUCCCACGCCACAACAGGACUGGACUCCGGAGCCCCAGUGCCCCUCUCUGACUUCUAAAGGGGGCUCCGGAGACCCGGAGCCGCUCGAAGGAGUCUGACCCACUUCUGGCGUCGCCGGCUUCCCACCCAAGGUGGCGCUCAGCCGCAGAGCCGGACCUCCACGCUCCCUGUCUCGGGUUCCGUGUGCGAUCCGAGGUCCUACGUUGUCCCUCAGAGCCUCAACUCCACCCAGGACUCCAAGCCCAGACUGGAGGUCCUGCCCCAGCCCCCAGCCCCCUCCCAGCCUCCUGCCCUCCUUUCCUGGCUGGGAUGGGGGCAGCACUCGAGCAGCUCAGUAAAGAGUCCUAUGUCCUC